AUGGACCUGGGCAACGCGCCACCGCCAUCGACCCUGGCAGCACAGCUCGUCGAGAACAUCUCGGUCACAGCCUCCGCGCGGUCUGCUCGCCCAGACGAGGCAGAAGAGCUGCUGCGCUUCUGCCAGAUCAUCGAGCAUGUCAAGAACACGCCCUCGGCCAUUGAAAAUGCCGAGGAGCACAUCCGUCACAACCAGAUGCUCGUCUAUGUCCUGGCCAGAGUGACGCUGGACAGCCUUAGGCUUGAAGACACGAGCACGAGCAAGGCACAGCUGCGGUCUAUCAUCAACCAUGCCGUUCAGUUUCUGCGUGUCAUCAUCAAGGAAUCGCCGGCCGUCCUAAUGACAACCGCAGCGCCUGGCGUCUUCCUCUUCAUGGGCCCUGAACCGCUUUGGGUGUGGAUUCUGCCCAGAAUCCUAAGGCUGGUCAGCUACAAGCAAGACUCGGAUCUCGUAGCACCGAUACAACUCUUACUAGCCGAUAUUUAUGCAGCCGCAUCCCAUCAUCCUCUUCUCUGGCCACUGAUUCCUCGACUAUUACAGUAUCUCAAGCUUAACGUGCAAGCUCUGUCUCCCUCUUUGCGCAAUGAAAUACUGUCCAUCGGGGCCAAUCAGCCCAAUUUCCAGCUGCAGUUGCCACCAGAUGCCUUCUUCGGAGUUGUGGAAGUAGAUCAAAAUCAAGUCGACACUGCACGCAAGCGCUGCACCUAUGCUGUCAAUUUGUCCGCGGCACAAGCUUCAGACUACUCCACGGUAUUCCUGUCGUUGAUGCUGCUGCCGCUUUCAAAGAGCCAGGUACGGCAAAGCAUCUUGCCGCUAUAUCGUGAAACUAUUCCAUGGCUUCUCGAUGCAUGCCUGGAGAUACUCAGUGUCUCAGACACCAUAGCACAGACCGCGUUCGUGGUUGCUGCACAGGAGAGUAUCUUGUCACUGCUAAAACUGAGAAGUGCGGCUUUAUUGGAUACCGCCGUCGUUGUCAAGGCCAACGUCACUCUCGUGUUGAUUUGCGUACACGUAACUCGACAUCUCUGGUCCGCUUUCGCGCUGCACGUGCACACUGAGCGGGUGCGUGCAUUCUGUAUGGCACUGGCACAAAUCACAGAGAGCUGUCUUAUUCACGAGGAUCUGUCCAAGCUGGUACAGUCACAACUGCUUCCAGAAGUGGAGCAUCGCUUCCCAAACCGUGUCUUUGACGACGAGACGAGCCGUGACAUCUUCACAUGCUGCGAGAUCUUGAGGACCGUGGUCAUCAGAGACACCUCUGAUUCAACCUAUCGAGUUGCCUUGUUGGGCGAAUUGAUGGAUAGAAGCAUCAAAGAUCGAUUUGAUGGUGUGAACUUUCAACGCAGUGACACGAUUCCCUCGCCUGUACAAGCCAAGAAACACAAAGCUCUGCCCGAGCUGCAAGGACUUGGGAUCAUUAGAAACCAGCUUCACAGUCUUCUCGGAGUUGCAGACGAGCCCAAUCCUCCGAGCCUGGGGAACAUCAUCAAGGACCGCUUUACCACCAUGGGAGAAGUCAACAUGUGUGCACUCAUAGACCUCCUUGGCUAUGCUUGUUGUGCCUGCGACGACACCCUGCGCAUACCUGAAGCCACCAAGAACGUAUUUCAUCUCUCUGGAUUCCACUGCACGAGAUGUGGUGAUGUGACGGCCCUCGAUGCUGUGAACAGCGAAGCAGACUUUGCCACGAAGGAAGCCGUGGCCGACAUCUUCCUAUGGAUCUUGCAGGUCCCUGAAUUUGCGGAGUCGAGACAACCACGCCUCCACGCGAUGGUGUCGCUUCGAAGAAUUGCAACUCAUUUCCGCGCCCCGAGGUUUCUUGACCUCGAGAGCUCGGCAGCAGCUCAAUGGUGUCUCAAGUCCUUGCAAAGCUCGAUCCGGGAACUUCGAGUUUGUUCGGGGCGCACACUACCCAUAUUUCUCGCAAGUGCAGGUUCUGAUGCCGCCAAAAUCACGUCAAAGAACAGGGCGAACGUCUUGAGCAUUUUGCGCUCUCUUUCGGAAAGCAACCAGGCUCAUCUCAUCGAGACGUGUAUCAUGGCUUGGUCACAAGUCGGCAGUGUCGUAUCUGACGAGCAGCUGAAUCUUGUCCUCGUAAAGCUCAUGGAAUAUCUUGGUCAUCAGAGUGCCAUGGCUUCGGCCACCGCUAUUACCGAGAUUCUACGUCUCGCCUCGGCCCGGCAUGUUGAGGCCCGCGACAUGUUUGCGCCGUUCUGGCGUAACCUUGCAUAUUAUGUCGUCAAAGAUCUCGACGUGAAGCCUAAACUUCCGGGACUCGUGGCUGAAAUCAUGGAAAUGAGCGUGGACGACUUCCUGCUCUAUACACAGUCUCACUCUCUGCCUUGGCUGAUUCUUACACAAAAGAAAGCCGUCAUCCAACGCAUCGCAGCGGCCCGAGGGGAAUCGGAGCCUUGGCAAGUUUGCCUCGACCCUGCCAAUCUCGGCCCAAUUCUGGCUUUGCUCUUGAUGCAAGAUGUCGAAGACGUUGCCGACCACUCUAUGAAGUUGCUAAGGUCUCUCUCGCCUCACUUUGACGCAUUAACAUUCGUUGAAAUGGUCAGAAUCGAACCCGUUCCAACAGUCCUCGAAUUGCUCAAAGCUGCAGGCGACGCAGAGGAAUCGCGCAAGAGCCACAUACGAAACGCUCUGCAGCUUAUGGGAAACAUGUUCAUGACGACGCCAGGUAGCGCCAAACAGAAAAAGAAUAGUUCUCUCGGACGAUUCUUACAGCAACAUGCCCUUGGCCUGAUGACGCGCCUAACGGAUGUUAUCAACGAGUCAAAGGCUCCCUUGCAGGAGAGGCACCGCUAUAUACGGGCAAUGGCGGAAAUGCUCAGGAAUGGAAAGCACUACACCAGAGUUGCGCGACCUCAGAUCUCUGCUUGCCUUCUCGCAGCCAUGUCACAUGACGACUUACGCGCGGCCGCAUUCUCUUGUUGGGCUGCGAUGAUAUUUCACAUGGAAGAGGAGGACAUCGAGGCUUUGGUUGAGACGACGUUCUUUCUAAUCACCCACUACUGGCCAACCUUUGAUGAAGAUUCGCAGCAAUUGGCGAAGACUGUCAUCGGAACACUCUUUGAUCGAGAGCGCCAGAUUCUCGAAGUCGUCAUCGGAAAGUUGCCCUCGCUAAGCCACAUUCCUGGCUUAGCAGAUGCAGAGAGGAGGCUGAACGAGCUACGCCAGCCGGUUGACACCAGGACGGCGUUUUCUCUCUUGUCCGAGAGGAUCAGCCAUGAGAACUCCGGAGUCACGCUCCAAGCUUUAUCUGAGCUUGCAUCCUACUUACAGAAUCAGCAAAGUUACCUGCAAAUCGCCGCCUCCAGUGAGCAGCCCGACUCGGUAGUCGCCGCGCUCGUACGCGCCUUGUUGGAUUGUGCAGCCCGAUAUAACGGCAGCAACACCGAGAUCACUAGCCUCUGCACGCAAUGCAUUGGCUUGAUUGGGUGCCUCGACCCCAACAGGGUUGAGAGUCUUCGCGGAGAGCGUCACAUUGUUGUCCGAAACAACUUUGAGAAUUCUGUGGAGACUACUGACUUUGUGCUCUUCAUGCUGGAGGAAGUUCUGGUCAAAGCCUUCCUUUCCGCAACUGACACGAGGCUCCAGGGAUUCCUCUCCUAUGUCAUGCAGGAACUUCUGGAGCGCUGUGAUAUUGGCAAUGCCGUGCGCCUGACUGGCACACGCGAAGCUGAACCCAUCUACCGAAAGUUUUUGGCCAUGUCGGAGACGACGCGUGAGGUUCUGACCCCGUUCCUGACGUCGCGGUAUCGUCUGCCCCCUAUGGCCCAUGCGAAAGCAGACUACCCGAUAUUCCGGCCUGGCAAAAUGUACGGAAAUUGGCUGCGUGCCAUCACGCUCGACAUUUUACGGAAUCCGCAGAACCCAUUCGCUGGCCUGAUUUUUGACCCCUUGUGUCGGGUGAUCAAGGUGAAAGAUUUGUCCAUCGCGGAGUUCCUGCUGCCUUAUGUGAUCCUCCAUGUCAUCAUUAGUGAAGAUAGCACAGAGGAGAUGCGAGCAAACGUGCUCAAGGAGCUCCAGAAUGUGCUGGGGCAUGAGAUUUCCGAUGAUGCCAGUUACGCAGACCGGGAGGACAAGAAACUGUACUGCGAAGCUGUCUUUCGUGUUCUUGACUACGCGAUGCGUUGGUUGCAAGGUAAACGAGCACAACAGAAUCAAAGUCCGACCGAUGUUGCCGCAAUGAAUCGCGUGCAGAUCCUGCUUGAUGCCAUCCCAGCUGAGCUGAUUUCGCAACGGGCGGUUGACUGCAAGGCCUACUCCCGAGCUCUAUUCCACCUGGAGCAACAUAUCAGACAGGUCGACGAGGAAAAGCGAACAGAAGACGAAGAGCGCAAUCGGCUGCUCCAGCGUUUGCAAGACAUAUACACUCAAAUCGACGAACCUGAUGGUCUUGAGGGUCUAUCGGCGCAGCUGCAGGUCAUUGACAUCGACCAGCAGGUCUUGAGCCACCGCAAGGCAGGGCGUUGGGCUGCGGCGCAAACUUGGUAUGAGAUCAAGCUCGCAGAAAACCCGGACAAUGUCGAUGUCCAAAUAGAUCUCUUGACAUGCUUGAAAGAGUCAGGACAGCACGACGUUUUGCUCAACUAUGUGGAGGGGAUCGAAAGACAUACCGCCAUUUCCACGGUGAAUCGCAUCCUGCCCUUUGCUGUCGAGGCGUCAUGGGCAACCACUCGAUGGGAGAGUCUGCAAAAGUUCACUGCAAAGUACCAGGGAGAUCGCACAGAGAACUUCAACGUCUGUGUCGCCCAGGCACUGCUGCAUUUGCAGAAAGGAAAGAAGAAGGAGUUUCUCGACGAGAUGAAGGCGCUCAGAGAGCGUGUAGGCUCGUCGUUGACGUUCUCAACGACCACGUCCCUGCAAGCGUGUCAUGAGCCAAUGCUAAAUGCUCAUGUACUUGCUGACCUUGAGCUCAUUGCUGGUGCAAGCGGAGAGCACGGACAACAUGUCCAAGAUACCGUCAAGACUCUCGAUCGACGGCUGGCAGUGCUGGGCUCUUACGUGAACGAUAAGCAGUAUCUCCUGGGCAUUCGUCGUGCUGCCAUGGAGUUGAUGAGGCCUCGCUUCACCGAUGUCGAUAUAUCUGCACUCUGGCUAUCGAGCGCUCGCCUCGCGAGAAAAGCUGGAUCCCUUCACCAGUCGUUCAAUGCGGUCCUCCACGCUUCGCAGCUCGGGGACGGUUCAGCCACUAUCGAGCACGCCAGACUUUUGUGGAAAGAAGGACAUCCGAGAAAGGCGAUUCAAACUCUGCAAGGAGCUAUCACCAACAAAUCGUUCAGCAGCUUCAGCUUCUCUGAUUACGAUUCGACAGAGAAGAACAUCGAGGCUCAGCAGAACAUGCUCGCCGCCCGCGCACACCUGCUCUUGGCCAAGUGGCUUGAUAAUGCUGGACAAACGCAUGCCUCCGCGUUGCGGCAACAAUAUCAGAAUGUCCCCAAGAACUACAGCACGUGGGAGAAGGGGCACUACUACUUGGGGCGACAUUACAAGAAAGUCCUCGAGUCAGAAAAGGCUCUGAAGCCAGAUGAUCAGAGUGAUGAGUACUUGACCGGCGAGACAGCAAAACUUGUCAUUGAGAACUACAUCCGUGCACUUCACUGCGGCACGAAGUAUCUGUAUCAGACCCUGCCACGUAUCCUCACACUCUGGCUGGAGCUCGGGGCGCAAGUAGACAAGGCACCUGAAGGCAAGGUCUCGCUGUCACGUGAGCUUCAUCACCGUCGCAAGACUCAGCUCGAGGCCCUACACAAAUAUCUUUGGCGAUACUCGCAGCGUAUACCUGCAUACAUAUUCUACACUGCACUGCCGCAAAUUGUUGCGCGUAUUGCACACUCUAACACUGAUGUGUUCAAGCUGCUGGAAGCAAUCAUUCUAAAGGUUGUGGAAGCGCAUCCAAGGCAGGCUUUGUGGAGCCUGUUUGCCAUUAUGACUACCAAGCAGGCGACGAGCGAACGCCGUGCGCGUGGACAGCAGAUUCUUCUCAAACUGCGGUCGACCAAGAAGGCGGAGGAAGGCUCCUACGACGUCAAGACGCUCCUCCGCAUGGGCGAGAAGUUAGCCGACCAGCUCCUCAUGGCUUGUAACAACGGAGACUUUCAGAGCAACCGUACCACGAUGGCGUCCAUCACUCGCGAUCUCAACUUCAAUCAUAAGUGUACACCGUGUCCGUUGGUUGUACCUAUCGAGACCUGCCUCACGGCGACCUUGCCCACUCUCACAGAUAACGUCAGGAAGCACAAGGCGUUCUCUAGGGAUGUCAUCACCAUUGACUGCUUCCUCGACGAAGUUCUGGUCCUGGGCUCGCUCGCAAAGCCGCGGAAGCUGACAGCUCGUGGCUCGAACGGUGUCAAUUAUGGGCUUUUGAUCAAGCCAAAGGAUGACCUGAGGACAGACCAGCGUCUGAUGGAGUUCAACGGCAUGAUUAAUCGUUCUCUCAAACGUGAUGCCGAGUCCAGCAGAAGGCAGUUGUACAUUCGUACAUAUGCAGUGACACCACUGAAUGAGGAAUGUGGUAUCAUUGAGUGGGUGGAUGGUCUCAAGACCCUCCGCGAUAUCUUGCUCAACAUAUACAGGUCCAAGGGGAUUGCCCCCAACUAUGGACACCUUGCUGCGCUCAUGAAGGACGCCUGCACUUCGGACAAAAACACGCGCAUUUUUACGGAGGGUGUACUGGGAACCUUCCCGGCUGUACUCCCACAGUGGUUCAUCUCGCAGUUUCCCAACCCGACUGCAUGGUUUUCGGCACGCCUGCGGUACACAAGGUCGUGCGCCGUCAUGUCCAUGGUGGGAACGAUCCUCGGUCUUGGCGACAGGCACGGUGAAAACGUGUUGUUGGAAGAAGGCAACGGCGGCAUCUUCCACGUCGACUUCAAUUGCCUCUUUGAUAAAGGUCUGACCUUUGCGCAGCCAGAGCGCGUGCCGUUUCGCCUGACACACAACAUGGUAGCCGCCAUGGGUAUUUACGGCUACGAAGGGCCAUUCAGAAAGUGCUCGGAAUUGACGCUGAGCAUAUUGCGACAGCAAGAGGAGACUCUGAUGACGAUUCUGGAAGCCUUCAUCUACGACCCAACGCUGGACCUGCAAAAGGACAAGAAACGCAAGAACGAGGUCGUACGGCUGAACCCGCAGAGCGUGGUUGAAAGCAUCAAGCGCAAGGUCCGGGGUCUUCUGCCGGACGAGAGCAUUCCGCUAGGAGUGGAAGGCCAGGUGGACGAGCUCAUCAAGCAGGCAGUGAACCCGAAGAAUUUGGCGGCCAUGUACAUCGGGUGGUGCCCAUUUUUGUAGAAAUGUAGCUCAUCUAUUGAAAGCGUCCUUUUCGUAUUUAUAAUUGAGCUUGGGCACGCA